AUGGCUGCGGCCGGCGGCGGUGGCGGCGGUGGUCGGCGGCGGCGGGGCGGCGCAGGGCGAGCCUACUCCUUCAAGGUGGUGCUGCUCGGGGAAGGCUGCGUGGGGAAGACGUCGCUGGUGCUGCGCUACUGCGAGAACAAGUUCAACGACAAGCACAUCACCACCCUGCAGGCAUCUUUCUUAACAAAGAAGUUAAAUAUUGGUGGGAAAAGAGUAAACCUUGCCAUAUGGGAUACAGCAGGUCAAGAGAGAUUCCAUGCAUUGGGUCCAAUUUACUACCGAGAUUCAAACGGAGCUAUUUUAGUUUAUGAUAUAACGGAUGAAGACUCUUUUCAGAAGGUCAAAAACUGGGUCAAAGAGCUUCGGAAAAUGUUGGGAAAUGAAAUCUGUUUGUGUAUAGUUGGUAAUAAAAUAGACUUGGAAAAGGAGAGACAUGUUUCCAUCCAAGAAGCAGAAUCGUAUGCAGAUUCUGUGGGAGCUAAACAUUAUCAUACUUCCGCUAAACAAAACAAAGGAAUUGAGGAACUCUUCCUUGACCUUUGUAAAAGAAUGAUAGAGACGGCGCAGGUGGAUGAGAGGGCGAAAGGCAAUGGCUCUAGUCAAGUGGGGGCUGCCAGGCGAGGCGUGCAGAUCAUCGAUGACGAACCUCAAGCCCAGAGCGGCAGUGGAGGAUGCUGUUCUUCUGGAUAACUGCUCACGCCUACGAAACUCAAAACAAAACAGAACUGUGGAUCAUUGCCCUCAACAUGAAGACUGCCAUGUUCCAAGUCACAUCAUUUUACCAAUGGAGUUCUAGAAUUAACAGUAUUUUAAAUUACGUUUAUAACACUGCAGAGACCUUAAGUGCUAAACUUAGUGGAGUUUGUGACCAGAGAAUUGGCAUUUUCUACAAAUGUUAACAAAGCAAUUACCAAUGGCCUUUUUACAUAUUUUUUUCUUUAAUGAGGAAUAAUAUGCAUGUAGAAAAGACCUACUUAAAGGCUUCAUUUAUAUUCUUUUAAAUCAGAUCUUUAUUUAAUAACUUAUAUAUGAUGUUGGAAUGGUAUACAUUUUUGCAGUCCUUUGUAUUUUGUGGUAGUUUGAAUUGUAUCACUUCUAAACAGCAUACUGUUUUUGUUUUUGUUUUUGAUUAGCAGAUACCUGAAGUUCUAUUUUUGCAGGGUUUGCACAGGCCCCUAACUGUCUACUACUUUGAUAUAAUCUAUAAACAUCCUGUAUGCUGAGCUGGUAAAAUACAUUGUAAAUUACAUAUUAAAUAUUUUAUCUGCUUUUACAAGCGCAAGGUGCAAAAAUAUAUACAAUUGUCUUAUUGGUGACUGUAAAGUGAAUUAACUGUUGGUGAUAAUACCUAGGCUUUUUGACUCUGUUAUAACGAUCCUUACCCUCCUUCACUUUGUCUUAACGUGAAAGUGGCGUGUUUCAAUUUACACAUACUUGACUUGAAUUAUUACUCUUGUCACUUUUUCCCUGUUUAUUUUUUAUUUUUUUGCCUCUGUAAGAUCAAAAAGCAGCAUUUGCUUUAUAUUAUUAUUAUUAUUAAACAAGAUCUGCCAAUUUUGUUUUAGAACAGUUACCUUAGAAGGAUCUGAGUGGAACAUGCCAAGUUCACAUCUGCAGCAUUGGUUUUCUAUCGGGCUUUCCAUGAGAUGGUCACUGGCCUGAGAAGAGGGGUCCCCAGUAGUAGCCACUGACGAGGGCUUAUUUAUGUAGGAUGGUGAGUGGUAAGUUAUGCUCCUGAGGCAGCACUUCUGGAUCCCUCACGAGGAUGUUUAAUUAGUCAUUGCCUGUCAGAAAUGAAUAUAGAAAGUUGUUUUUCAUUUUAGAAGCGUUAUCUGAGUUUCUGUGGGAAGAAGCAUUUUGUAAUGCAGUUAGAGCAACACUGGAAAGAUUUAUUAUGAAAUCAUAUUCUUGUUUAUUUUGUAAUUAGUCCCACAUUGGAUUUCUUUUUCUUUAGCAUUGGACUGAAAUUUGUUCAUUUAAAAAAGAAUCAGGCACUGCUCACAGAAGAACGAGAUUGUGGAAAUUAACAUAAAUUGUUCUUGUUCUAAUAUAUAUAUAUAUUUUCCCAUUUCUGUCAUGCUUGGAAAACUAGUAAAUGUUGUGUGUAAGAUAAGAUGGAAUGGUCCCUGGAUUUACUUCUAGGAUAUAGUAACGCAGUUCAUAAGCAUUUCUGAAGAUAUAAGGAGGUGGUGGUCACUGAGCGAAUACUACCAUAUUCUUAAGAAUAGCUUAAACCUUCCCAAAUAGGCUGAAAGUUGAAUGACUUGACACCUUAUCAUCUAAAUAAUAGGAAUUUAACUUAGCAUUAUGUUCUCUGAGCCCUCUCUUUAGAUUAUUUACUUAGUGACCUUACUAGACUCAAACCACUGACUCUGCUGUGGGCCUGAAGAUCUGGGAAGAUGCAGAGAGUGAGCUCCAUUUGUGUCCCACUGCAGGGUGCCUGUGCUGUGCCUGCCAUCCCGGGCUUCCUGGGGAGUUGGUGUUUGUGCAGGAGCAGAAGGGACAGCAGAAACAUGGGCCACUGGAGAAUUUGUUCCCACACUCUGGCUUUUCAAUAGUAAAGACUGCUGCCAAUCCUGCUGCUAUUGUAGAUAGGAAAUGGACUUUCCUCCUUGGAGUAGAAUCCUGUUUUUUAACUAGAGAUGAAAUUAAAAUAAGUUCAACUUGA